AUGGAAAUUUUCAACAAGAUUGAUGGAAAUUUCAAUGACGUGGCCAUAAGGACCUUUAAGGUCGGCCUGCCCACCAAGCAUGAUUUGAGAAAGUCUCUGACAAGGAAGCUUGUUAGGAAUGUGCGUCGGCUCAUAGAUCUUAUUGAUGAGUAUAAAUGGGUCGAGGAGGAUCAACAGCAAGGAAAGGGAAAGGCUAAGGUGAUCCCUCAGGAGCGAAGGGAUUUUAGGUCGGACAGGCACAAUAAUAGCCGACCUCGGAGGGAUUUUGCUAGACACCCUGGUUUGGCUGCUACUCAGGUGGUUAGUACAGUAUUCCAAGAACUCGUGCACCAGGUUUUAGAAAAAAUUAAGAACAGGCCAUAUUUUAAGUGGCCAAAUAAGAUGGGAGGAGACCCCAUGAAAUGCAACCAGAGUCUUCAUUGCCAAUACCACCAGGAACGAGGGUACACUAUUGAGGAUUGUAGGACUUUGUGGAGUCAUCUGAAGCAAUUGGUGCAGGCAGGGAAGUUGAAACAAUUUCUAUAUCAGCCCAAUGGGCAAGGCAGUCAGGCUAGGUUGAGAGCAUAA